AUGGCUGACGCUGCAUCAACAUCAAACCCGGCACCCGCCGCUCCCAGCGAGCCCGCCACCGCUCGCGACAUCUCCCGGGAUGGCGCCAAGAUCGCAGAUAUGGAAUACUACGACCUCCUCGGCGUUCGCGGUGAUGCCUCCGAUCUCGAAUUGAAGAAGGCAUAUCGAAAAGCCGCUAUCAAAAACCACCCAGACAAGGGCGGUGACGAAGAGACUUUCAAGAUGAUUGGCGAAGCUUACCGUGUCCUCAGCGACAACCACCUCCGUGCAGACUAUGACAAGUACGGCAAGAAGAAGCCCACAGACGAAGUCGGACUCAAGGAGGCCACAGACAUGUUCGGCAGUCUAUUCGGAGGCGAGCGCUUCGUCGACUUGAUCGGAGAGAUCAGCCUCAUCAAGGACUUCGGCAAGGCAUCCGAGAUCAUGAUGACCGAAGAGGAGAAGGAGGAGCUCGAAGCACAGAUGAAGGCAGAGCACAAGAAGGCUAACCCUACCGCUGAAGGUCCUGCCGCUGUUGAUGCCACCAAGACUGACUUGCCCUCGGAAGCUACAACGGCCGGAGAUGCCGCUGCUCAGAAGGCAGCCGAAGCCGGUGCAACAACAGAAGAGAUCGCCGAAGCCAAGAGGAAAGAGGACGCAAAGCAGAAGCAGAAGCUCACUCCUGAACAGAAGGCCAAGUUGGAAGAGUUCGAGAAAGAAAAGGAGGAGAACGAGCGCAAGCGAGUCGAAGACCUCGCACAGAAGCUCAAGGAUCGCAUCCGACCGUUCGUCGAGGCUCGUAAGCCAGGAGACAAGGACGAUUCGGAGACUCAGAUCUUCGAGCGCAAGACAAAGGAGGAGGCUGAAGAUCUUAAGCUCGAGUCCUUCGGUGUCGAGUUGCUUCACGCCAUCGGUAACAUCUACGUCAUGAAGGCAACUACAUGGAUUAAGACCAAAAAGCACAGUUUACUUGGCUUCGGUGGUUUCAUGAGCCGCAUGAAGGAGCGCGGAGCCGUUGUCAAGGAGACUUGGGGUAUGCUGGGCUCCGCACUCAACGUCAAGGCAUCCAUGGACGAGCUGGCACGUCGACAGGAGAAGGGCGAGAUCCGCGAAGAUGAGCUUCGCGCCCUCGAACAGGACAUGAGCGGCAAGAUGCUCCUCGCCACUUGGAGAGGUACCCGCUUUGAGAUCUCUGGCAUUCUUCGACAGGUCUGCGACAAGGUCCUCAACGAGAAGGGCGUCAGCGACAAGGUUCUCUUUAACCGUGCCCAGGCCAUCAUGUUUAUCGGUAUGAUUUACAAGUCGGUGCAGCCCGAUGAAGGUGACGAUGGGCGAAGAGAGCUCGAACGCCUGGUUGCGGAAGCCGCAGGGAAGAACAAGAAGAAGGGCAAGAAGGACAAGAAGGUCAACGGUGCCUCUGCUCCCACUGGCGCGGCUGCUUCCGCAUCGACCUAA